UAGAAGCGUAGUCCAGUGUGCCCCGGUCUUCGCCAUCUCCGUGUCGAUCUUUCUCGCUCAAAACCCAAAUCUAGAAGAGAGAUCUUUCUCCCCUCUUUCUCCCUUCGCGUUCUUCGUGUAGCAGUCGACAAAUUGGGUUGAUUCUUCGUCUUGGAGUUGGCGACUCCAAUGUCAUCGGAGAUCGAAGUGGUGGAGGAGGGGGCAGAGGUCACGGGAGGGGCAGCGGCGUCGGGAAUGACCGAGGAGCCCUUGAAGAACGAUGUGUACACGGCGGCCGCGUACGGUGAUCUGGAGAAGCUCCAGAGGCUGGUGGAGGUGGAGGGAUGCUCCGUCUCGGAGCCGGAUGGGGCCGGGUAUUACGCCCUCCAGUGGGCAGCCCUCAAUAAUCGCACCGCCGUCAUCCAGUACAUCAUCGAGCAUGGAGGAGAUGUAAAUGCUACCGACAACACGGGGCAAACAGCCCUCCAUUGGAGUUCAGUGCGGGGGCACAUCCAAGCUGCCGAGAUACUGCUCAAGGAAGGUGCUCGUGUUGAUGCCUCAGACUUGUAUGGAUAUCAGACCACUCAUGUUGCAGCACAGUAUGGUCAGACAGCAUUUAUCUAUCAAAUCAUUAUAAAAUGGAAUGCUGAUCCUGAUAUCCCUGAUAAUGAUGGACGGAGUGCUUUACACUGGGCUGCUUAUAAGGGAUUUGCUGAUUCCAUUCGCCUUCUUUUAUUUCUAGAUGCCUACAGGGGGCGGCAGGAUAAAGAGGAUUGCACUCCCCUUCAUUGGGCUGCUAUCAGAGGAAAUCUAGAGGCAUGCACAGUUCUAGUUCAAGCAGGGAAGAAAGAGGACUUGAUGAUUACAGAUAGGGCUGGUUUAACUCCUGCUCAACUUGCUUCAGAUAAGGGACAUCAUCAAGUUGCUUUUUUCCUUGGCAAUGCUAGAAGGGUGUUUGACAGGCGAUGUGAUGGGAAUAGCAAUUUCGGCAGGUUAUCAAAGUUAGGACUUGCACCUGUUCUUUGUUGUGUCAUAGUUGCUAUGCUGUUUACGUACAUACACUCAGUCAUUGCAGGUUCUUAUGUCUUGAGAUUAACCAUUGUCUUUGGGCUUUUUGCCUGGUUAGGAGUCUUCCUGUCAGUUACAGGAUUAGUUAUGUUUUAUAGGUGUAGCAGGAAAGAUCCUGGUUUCAUCAAUAGGAGCACAAGGGAUUUACAAAGCAUCAGAGAUGAUGAACCUUUGCUAAAAUCGGAGUUAAAUCAUCCUGCACUGAUGGCCGGGAAUUGGUCUCAGCUGUGUGCAACGUGCAAGAUUGUCAGGCCACUGCGUGCAAAGCAUUGUUCCACUUGUGACCGAUGCGUAGAACAGUUUGAUCAUCACUGUCCUUGGGUAUCUAACUGUAUCGGCAAGAGAAAUAAAUGGCACUUCUUGAUGUUUCUCGUUCUCGAAAUCUCUGCUAUGAUUGUCACUGGUUUAGUCGCCAUUACAAGAAUUGUGAGAGAUCCUUCUCCGCCUUCUUUCGGUGGAUGGUUGAGUCAUAAUGUUGCUGAGCAUCCUGGAGUCGUUUCAUUUCUAGUAAUGGAUUUUUUCCUCUUCUUUGGUGUUGCUGCAUUGACAUUUAUCCAAGCAUCACAGAUUGCACGAAACAUAACAACAAAUGAAAUGUCAAAUGCCAUGCGAUACAGCUACCUCAGAGGUCCGGGCGGACGAUUUCAGAACCCCUACGACCAUGGUACUCGCAAGAACUGCUCGGAUUUCUUGUUCAAGGGGUACAACGAGGACGUGGAGCUUCCAGAUCAAACACCUGCCGCUCAAGAGCUGGGGAUGAUUCAAAUGACCCGAAGCCCAAAUGCGCAAAAUGGGGAGAACCAUUCGCAUCAAGUGAGCAACGGCCAUGUCUGUGCUGAUGCUCAGGCCAAAGAUACCAAACAUGUUAAUCAUUCAAAAUGCUGCAACGGCAACAAUAACAGUAAGAGCAAUGGCGUGCCACUCGGACUAGGCUUAGGCUUUGGCCUUGGUCGAAGCAACCGGCACAACACAAGGAUUCUUCCAUUGUGAUACUUCAUUUUACACCUUCGGCUUGUUCGCCAUGUAUCAUAAUUACCGAAAAUAUUCUCCAAUAUUUGUGAUUGACAUCUAGAUCUUGUGUUAAGUUAUUGUAUCAUCUUGAAGCAGUUCUUGCCCGAUGAAUUAUUCUACUCAUUAGCAUUGUAUAUUUUCUGACAUGAAUAUUUAUAUAAUUGUAAGGAGGGAAAAAAAAAUACUAAUUGACUACAAGUCAAAAUAUU